AUGGGUUGCUGUAUAAAAUCAAAUAAACUCAAUAAGAUUUAGACAAUCAAAACAAAUAAUGGUGUGGUAAUUUUCACAUCCACUGCAGAUAUUCAUCAAAUCUAUAAUUUCGGUAAAAUGAUGGGCUUGGGAGUCUUUGGAAAGGUUCUAGUUGCUAAAAUGAAGGCAAAUAAUGAAAAACUCUUUGCUAUAAAAAUGAUAGAGAAAUAGAAGGUAUCUGGAAAGGAAACGUAAUUAGCUAAUGAGAUUUAUGUUCUUUAAAGAUUAGAUCAUCCAAAUAUCAUUAAGUUUUAUGAAGUAUAUCAGAACAACUUAUACUUCUAUAUAUGUAUGGAAUAUUGUGCAGGAGGAGAACUCUUAGAGCGUAUCCCAAAACAUUAAAAUGCUUUUACUGAGAAAUAAGGCUAAUAAAUUGCAUUUAAGGUUAAUUAUACUUAUUCUAUAGUUAGGUAUUAUCGGCAAUAGCAUAUAUUCAUGAAUAAGGAAUAGUUCAUAGAGAUAUCAAACCAGAGAACAUUUUAUUUACUAAAAAAGAUUUGAAUUCUGAACCAAAAAUUAUUGAUUUUGGAAUGGCAAUUAAAUUAGAUGAAUCUUUGUAGACGUAUUAUAAUGUUAUCCAUCCUCCUAGUAAAGCAUUAAAUUGUGUUGGAACUCCCUUAUAUGUUGCUCCUGAAGUGAUUGAUGGAUAUUAUAGCGAGAAAUGUGACAUAUGGAGUUUUGGAGUAAUGCUCUUUUAUAUAUUAUGUGGAUAUCCACCAUUUUAUGCAUCAAAUAAAAAAGAAUUAUUUUAACAUAUUUAAAAUUAAGAUGUAUAUAUUAAUAUACUAAAAACUAAGUUAAUUUUCGAUAGAAGGCAUUGGAAUCAUUUGUCAAAAGAAAUUAAAAGCUUUCUAAGGAGGCUUUUAUGUAAAAACCCUAUUAUAAGGCCAACGGCUAAAGAUUGUCUAAAGGAUCCAUGGUUUAGUCUAACCUUUGAAGGAGUCAAUAAAAUUAAUAAUCUACGCAGAUCCAAAACUAAAAUGCUUACUUAAAGGUAGAUAGCUCCUUCAGAUUAUUUUGAAGAUGGAAGAUCAAUUUAUGAAAUGUUAAAGAAUUAUAGAACAGGGGCAAGAUUCAAAAAGGAAGUUAUGAAAAUUUUAAUAAAUUAAUUGAAUGAGAAAGAGUUGGAACAUUUAAAAAGACUCUUUUAAAAGAUAGAUGAAGAUAAUUCUGGUACUAUUACCUAUCAUGAAUUAGAGAAAGCAUUAUGGAGUGAAGUAAUUUUUUUAAUUAAUUCUAUUUAGGGUUCUUAAGUAUCACAUGAUGAGGUUAAGUAAUUGAUGUUAGCAAUAGGAAUGGACAAUGAAGAUGAAACAUAAGAAUGUUCAUCAGGAAAAUCAUUCAAACCAUUAGUUAUAAAAUACAGUGAUUUUUUGACUGCUUGCAUUGAUGAAAGAAGAGUAUUAACAAAAGAAAAAGUAUACUAAUGUUGUUUAUUUAGUUGCUAUCAUUAUUCAAAUAUUUUGAUCAUUAGAAUUUGAAUUAUAUCACAAAAGAAAAUAUAUAAGAAGUAUUUGCUAGACAUGGUAGAUCUCUAACUGACGAGAAAUUGAAUUAAAUGAUAUAUGAAAUAGAUCCAAAUCAUGAUUAAAAGAUAUCAUUUGAUGAGUUCUGUUAAAUGAUGUCAGUGGAAGGUGUUUGUUAAUUGAUUGACUUUAAAGAUGGUAAUUUGGAACAAUAAAUUAUAUCUCCAAAGAUAGACAAUAAAAUAGAACUUAUAUAAUUUGAAUGA